AUGUCGGUCAACCCAACUGCCAUCAACGUCAAUGACCCGACUCUGAUUACGCUUGUAAACAAGCUUCAGGAUGUCUUCACCACCGUAGGGGUCCAAAACCCUAUAGAUUUGCCUCAGAUCGCUGUCGUAGGAUCGCAGUCGAGUGGAAAGAGUUCGGUGCUGGAGAACAUAGUCGGUCGUGACUUCCUUCCUCGAGGAACUGGUAUCGUGACCCGAAGACCGCUUAUCCUUCAGCUUAUCAAUCGGCAAUCGGCAAACCCCCAGGCAAAUGGCGUGAAGGAAGAGGUGAAGACGUCGGAUGCAGAGUCCAACGUGGACGAGUGGGGCGAGUUCCUACACAUUCCCGGCCAGAAGUUCCACGACUUCAACAAGAUACGAGAGGAGAUCGUGCGCGAAACCGAGUCCAAGACGGGUCGCAAUGCCGGUAUCUCUCCCGCGCCCAUCAAUCUGAGGAUAUACUCGCCAAACGUCCUUACGCUUACGCUCGUUGAUUUGCCUGGUCUCACAAAGGUCCCCGUUGGCGAUCAGCCCCGCGAUAUCGAGCGCCAAAUCCGUGAAAUGGUGCUGAAGCAAAUCAGCAAGCCGAACGCCAUUAUACUCGCUGUCACGGCAGCGAAUACGGAUUUGGCAAACUCGGACGGUCUGAAGCUGGCGAGAGAAGUGGACCCUGAGGGACAGCGGACAAUCGGUGUCCUCACAAAGGUCGACUUGAUGGACGAUGGAACCGAUGUCGUGGAUAUUCUGGCUGGGCGCAUCAUUCCGCUACGGUUGGGCUACGUUCCAGUCGUGAACCGAGGGCAACGUGAUAUCGAAAAUAAGAAGGCGAUUUCAUCUGCUCUGGAGCACGAACGAUCGUUCUUCGAAAAUCACCGCGCAUACAAGAACAAGGCAGCCUAUUGUGGUACGCCUUAUCUAGCGCGCAAGCUGAACUUGAUCCUUAUGAUGCACAUCAAGCAAACACUUCCCGAUAUCAAAGCGCGCAUUGCCUCCUCGCUCCAGAAAUACUCCGCCGAAUUAGCUUCCUUGGGCGACUCGUUACUUGGCAACAGCUCAAACAUCGUAUUGAACAUGAUCACGGAAUUCAGCAACGAAUACAGGGGGGUCCUCGAGGGCAACAACCAGGAGCUAUCGGCAUCUGAGCUCUCAGGUGGCGCACGUAUCUCCUUCGUCUACCACGAGUUAUACGCCAACGGUGUCAAAGCUGUGGACCCCUUCGACCAGGUCAAGGAUGUCGACAUUCGAACUGUGCUUUACAACUCGUCUGGUUCUUCACCUGCGCUUUUCGUCGGCACCACUGCUUUUGAGCUUAUUGUAAAGCAGCAAAUCAAGCGCUUAGAAGACCCUUCGUUGAAAUGCGUCAGCCUGGUCUACGACGAAUUGAUCCGUAUCCUUGGCCAGCUCCUCAACAAGUCAACCUUCAGACGGUACCCAGGUCUCAAAGAGAAGCUCCACCAAGUCGUCGUCAUGUUCUUUAAAAAGGCCAUGGACCCCACGAACAAGCUCGUCAAGGAUCUUGUUGCUAUGGAAUCGUGCUACAUCAACACCGGUCACCCAGAUUUCAUCAACGGUUCGCGAGCCAUGGCAAUUGUACAUGAGCGACACAAUGCAAGCAAGCCCCAACAGGUCGACCCCAAGACAGGGAAGCCUUUGCCUCCAGCAGUGCCGCCACGCGCGGCAAGCCCAAGCUUGGGCUUGGCCGGUGAGGAGGGUGGCGGGUUUUUCGGAAGCUUCUUCGCCAGCAAGAAUAAGAAGAAGAUGGCGGCCAUGGAGCCGCCACCAUCCACGCUCAAGGCGAGCGGAACGCUGAGCGAGAAGGAAGUCCAGGAGGUCGAGGUUAUCAAGCUCCUCAUUACCUCUUACUUUAAUAUCGUUCGCCGCACCAUGAUCGACAUGGUCCCUAAGGCCAUCAUGCUUAACCUUGUUUCGUGGACGAAAGAGGAGAUGCAGCGCGAGUUGCUCGAGAACAUGUACAAAACGGAGGAGCUUGAUGAUUUGCUGAAGGAAUCUGAGUACACUGUUAGGCGGCGCAAGGAGUGCAUGCAGAUGGUGGAAUCGUUGAGCAAGGCGAGCGAGAUUGUGAACCAGGUGCAAUAG